CCCUCAGGAGGGGCCAUGCCCCCAUGUCAGCCAGGGACAACCACUCGGAAGUGACCGAGUUCAUCCUGGUGGGCUUCCCGGGCUCGAGGGGCCUCCACAUGUGCCUGCUGGUGCUGUUCCUGCUGGUCUAUACGCUGACCAUCACAGAGAACGUGGUUAUUGUCGCCGUGAUCCGCGCCAGCCCCCCGCUGCACAAGCCCAUGUACGUCUUCCUCAGCAACCUGUCCUUCCUGGAGGUGUGGUACAUCUCUGUCACCGUGCCCAAGAUGCUGCUCAGCCUGGCGGGGCCCAAGUUCCGCCACAUCUCCUUCUCAGGCUGCAUGGCGCAGCUGUACUUCUUCCUGGCGCUGGCCUGCACCGAGUGUGCGCUCCUGGGCGUCAUGGCCUUCGACCGCUACGUGGCCAUCUGCAGUCCCCUGCGCUACCCAAUCGUCAUGAGUCCUGGCCUCUGCAGCCUCCUGGCGGCCGGCUCCUGGCUCUCAGGCUUCACCAUCUCCCUGGGGAAGGUCUUCUUCAUCUCACGCCUGGGCUACUGCGGCCCCAACAUCAUGAACCACUUCUUCUGUGACGUGUCCCCCCUGCUGAACCUGGCGUGCUCUGACAUGUCUGUGGCCGAGCUUGUGGACUUUCUCCUGGCGCUGCUCAUCCUCCUGGGGCCGCUGCUGCUCACCGUCUUCUCUUACAGCGCCAUCCUUGGCACCGUGCUGCACAUCCAGUCCGUCCCCGGCCGGCACAAGGCCUUCUCCACCUGCGCCUCCCACCUGGCCGUGGUGGUCAUCUUCUACUCCGCCUCCCUCUUCAUCUACGCCCGGCCGCGUGCCAUCUACUCCUUUGACCUCAACAAGCUGGUGUCCGUGGUCUACACGGUGCUCACGCCCCUGCUCAACCCCAUCAUCUACUGCCUGCGGAACCGGGAGGUCAAGGAGGCGCUGCGCAGGGCAGGGCAGCGGGCGGCCCAGGCCCUGAGCGCCUCCUCCUAGGGGUCUCCCAGGACCCUGCGCUCGCUCAGGCGCUCCAGACCCCUGCAGCUCUCUCAUUUGUCCCCUCACCAGCUGUACCAGGCGGCCAGGGGCCGGCGUGAGCGACCGAAGAUGCAGUCAGCACAUAUCCCCGUCCCUGCCCCUCCUCCAAGCAGGGCCUGCUCAGGACUCAGGCCUGUUGGUGAUCACACAGGGUGGCCGCCCCGACCUGGCCCACCCCUCGCAGGCUGGGCCAUCCACCCCUCUCGGAGCCCCCUCAGCCUGACCCUGCAGCUCCACAGGGGAAUUAUCCUGGGCACUUUCCAAUUGCUGCCCCGAGUGAGCAGAUCAGAGACCGACACCCCUGUUCCAGGCGCGACAUCCUCUGGCCCCACACAGGUGUAGGAGGCAGUGUGGCCGGGGUGCAGUCCUGGCCCCCACCUCCCUGCUGACUUCCUGUGAGGCCCCAGCCCUGGGCAGCCUCUGCUGGGUGCUCCCUCCUCCAGCCAGGCCCUCAGGGGCCAGGUUAGCUGCAGUGUCACAACUCCAUGCAAGGUCGUGGGGGAGAGUCUGGGGCCACACAGCUUGGUUCCCAACGAGGGAAGGUAAAGGGUUGGCAUGCUGACAAAGCAGCAGAGGAAAUGAGACUCCGGAGAGAAUGUUCCCAAACAGAGAGCAGAGCUGCCCGCCCACGACCAGCGGCCCCUGGGCCAGCUUCUCCUCUUUUAGAAGCAGGUGGUGCGAACAAGACCAGGCCAGAGGGCCUGUGGGACCCGAGCUCACAGAUGACCCGCAGGCUGGGGGUCCUCCCACCAAGGACGCACGGCAGCACCCUGGCCUUCAGGCCCCUUCCUGUCCCCUUCCUGACCGUCCACCUGGCAGUGGCCUUGCCGCUCUGAGGACCUGGCACAAGGAGCCCUGUCCCAGCUGACCUGCUUCGGCCUCACUAUGGAGCAGGCGUCUGCAGAAGGCCGACCACCCACCCCAGCCAAGACCCCUCGACCCAAGCACAUUGUCACUGAUGGGAGAUGGUGACGGGGUGUCCACACCCACCACUUGGGAGUGCAGUGCCUCGGUCUCCCCUGGAGGAAUCCCUCGCCUGCUCUCCUGAGAGGCUGUGAGGGCCCCAGACCCCCAUGAUCAGUGCCCUCAGCUUCGGAAAGAGCUCCAUCCACUGCCUGAUGCUCGAGGGCUCUGAGCCAUGUGUCACUGUGAUGACAGCGUCAGUUUUCUGCGUGACUUCCAGAGUCACCAGGGCCCAGCCGAGCCUGUGCUGCAGCUGCGGCCUGCAUGCCAGCCAGAAAUCGCGUGGCGUCUGCAGGACUUCAGCUAAUUGCCAGUCGAGCUGGCAGGGUUGGGGAAAUAUGGAAUAUUCACCCUGUGCAAUGGACAAUCGGGAUUUGAGCUUCACUCACAGGGCCACCACAGAAACACACUAGAGACUGAGGUCACAGCCACCCACUCAGCAUUCAUGUGACAGGCCCCAUGCUGAUCAGUGACCCAAAGCGUGUGGGACCAGGCCCCCCCGGAAGAGGGCAUUAUAGAGGACGAGGACAAGAACUCGGGUGGUGUGGGCUUAGGAGCCAGGGGAGUGAGUGAGGGCAGCAGCGUCCAGGCCAGAGAGGCCUGCUCCGCUGCCCCGGGAGGUGGUGCUGGGCAGCCCCAGCGUCUCUCCGCCAUCCAUGAGGAAGGAUGAGCAGGAGCAGAGCCCAGCACUGCAGGGGAGGGGCUGGAUCCUGGCCUCGCCCCUCCAGCCAGGACUGUAGGCAGAGCUAACCAAGGGGCCUCCUGCUGGACGGACCUGGCACCAGCUGACCCAUCACUGGGUCAGCACGAGGCUUGGAGAGUCCUGGCGCAGGCCACCGCCCAGCCACCAUGGCAGGCUCUACAGUGGAACAAACGUUCUGUGGACAGCGCCUUUAAUCAGAAAUUACGGACACGGCCCUUUUUCAGAAUGGACGUACUUCCAGAUUGUCCUUCUGUAAAUUGACCAUUUAA